UCCCCCAUUUUGUUGCAGUGAGAAGAGAAAUCAAAAUUUUGAGAUUGUUUAUGCAUCAUCACAUUAUACGACUUUAUGAGGUUGUAGAAACCCCAACAGACAUAUAUGUUGUUAUGGAGUAUGUGAAAUCUGGAGAGCUCUUUGAUUACAUAGUAGAGAAGGGUAGGCUGCAAGAGGAUGAAGCCCGCCAUUUUUUUCAGCAGAUAAUCUCUGGUGUGGAGUACUGUCACAGGAAUAUGGUGGUUCAUAGGGACCUGAAGCCUGAGAAUUUACUUUUGGACUCAAAAUUUAAUAUCAAAAUUGCUGAUUUUGGCUUGAGCAACAUCAUGCGUGAUGGUCACUUUCUCAAGACAAGUUGUGGAAGCCCUAACUAUGCAGCUCCAGAGGUUAUCUCUGGGAAAUUGUAUGCUGGACCUGAAGUAGAUGUUUGGAGCUGUGGUGUAAUUUUAUAUGCUCUUCUCUGUGGCACUCUUCCUUUUGAUGAUGAAAACAAACAGACAUAUAUGUUGUUAUGGAGUAUGUGA